AUGCUAAACUUUACGGGUCAAACGAAAAAAAGGGUAGUAAACCUAGGAAACAAGCAGAGUAGUGCUGUGAAUUUCCUCGAGCAAACCAGACUACAAAGACAAGCUCGAGAAGAACAACGACAACGAGAACGAGCAGCAAAUAUCCUUCAAGGUUACGUCAAAUGGUACCUUUAUCUUUCGAGAAUUGCAGAGACAAUUGAUCUUCAUCAGGAAAGCAACGAUGUAGUCGAUGAAUAUUCAUUUUCCAGGUAUUUGGCAAGUUUUCUGUUUGUAUGUCGAUGGAAAAGGAGCCUUCCUAGAGAACGAAUUAUUAGUAAUAUCACCGACUUGGCUACUGUGUUGAAGGUACAUGAUGACUUGUUGAAGACCUUGAACAAGUUUCAGGUGGAGAGAAUUGCCAACAAUAUCAUGUUGGUUUUUCACAAAACCGGAAAUGACACCGUUAUCACAGAAGAGGCAUUGAAGAUAUUGUUGAUAAUUCUUCAACAAGAAGUGGCUAACGAGUGCUUGUUUCCCAAUGUCAUUCUGGGAUUGCAGAGACUCAUACCCACCACAUUGUCUCAAGAAAAACUCGACACUAUAACCAAUAUAAUCUUUGCUAUCAAUGUUAGAGAUAGCCCUCAAGCAUUUAUUUCCUUUUUAUGUGGAAGAAACCUUCACUUGAGAACAAGCGAUUUCCGCAAGUCAAUUUUGUACUCCACGAUACCCAACAACAUAAGCAUUAUCCAAUCACUUGAACCAGCACAAAAAGUUCAGCUCCUUUUGAACAUCCUUACACUAACACCCAUCACCUCCCGCAAACAAAUCGGGCCAUCGGACUAUAUCAUCAUUGGAACUGUCCUCUCUACUAUUUCUUUUGCUUUGUCAGACCGUGUUCGAGACGAAGAUGACUCCGAUAGUACACAAGAGCACAACAUCAUUGGCGUAGACAACGAGAGCAUCAAAGAAAUCAAACUUUUGUAUUCGUCUGCGUUCAUUGAAAACGCUAUAGAAUUCUUUACCAACUCCCAGAAUGAGCUGAGUAAAUUUGUUUUAUACAUUUUCUCAUCUCUCCUCUUCUUGAUCCCUCCAGAGAAGAAAAAGUUAUGCAUGAUGAUCACUAUAACCCCUGGGUCGUACAAAUGGUUUUUCAACCAACUUUGUCACCAUGAAUUGUACGUAAAUUUCAAGACAAUUCUUGCCCGCAAAGACUACCUUGACUCGCAAGACUUGAAUUCUGUAUUUCAAGCUUUGUCGCCGGCAAGUGUGGCUGAUUUCUGGAAGAUGUUAUACACUUUUGAAGAAUUGUAUUCCUACUGGUUGAUAGUAUCAAACGAUACUGAGAGUUUCUCUGAUGACAAGUUAAACUUGGAGAGUAUCGUUGACUUUAUGGAGUUUCUGAAAGGUUUAUGUCUCACUUUUAUUUUCAGUAACGGCCCUAUUUGUGAUAAUUUCGACAAAAUCAAGUCCAUUUCAAUCUCAUUAUUGAAUCAGCUAUACUCCAAAAACACUAGAUUGCAAUUUCUCGAUAGCCGUUUCUGGGAAACGAAAAACUUCAACGACAAUAUUGACUCGUUGAUCGAGAUCAUUGCCGAGGGCCACGAGCGCCUGACGAUGAACGACGACAUGAGCGACGAAGAAGGUUCACAGCCCAUUUUUGGAUCAAGAACCAAAAUCACGAACGACUCUCAGGCAAGACUUGAAGUUUUGGCCAAGAUGCCGUUUAUUAUUCCUUUCAAAAGCAGAGUACGAGUGUUUCAACGCCUUAUAGAGUUAGACCGCGAGAGAAACGCCCCGGUGUCGUACUUUGGACCACGCACCACAUUGAAGGCUGACAUUCGAAGGGAGUUCAUAUUAGAAGAUGCAUUCAACAAUUUUAACAAUAUUGGGCAGAAUUUCAAAAAUCCUUUGAGUGUUACAUUUUUCAACGAGUAUGGACAAGAAGCUGGAAUUGAUGGUGGUGGAAUUACGAAAGAGUUCCUCACGUCAGUGGUACAAGAGGGAUUUCUUCCAGGAGGGCAAUUUGAUUUGUUCAAAGAGACAGCUACCAAUAAUCAGCUUUAUCCCAAUGACGAAAUCUUCAAAAAGUUGAGGAUGAAUUACAAUGUACCAGAACAAAAGUUAAAGCUUGAAUAUCUUCGUUUCUUGGGCGCGAUAGUGGGCAAAUGCUUGUAUGAGAACGUACUUAUAGACGUUUCGUUUGCACCAUUCUUCAUCAACAAGUGGAGCAAUGUGGCUCAUUUGAUGAAAAGCUCGAUCAACGAUUUGCGAAGUCUCGAUGAAGAACUUUUCAGUAAUCUUUUGAAACUCAACUCAAUGAGUGAUCAAGAGCUAGUAGAACUUGAUUUGAACUUUAUGAUAGAAGAGCAGGUCUCGGGAAAGAAAUUCAUUUAUGACCUCAUGCCUCCCAAUGGAAGAAAUACCCAAGUCAACCAUAAUAAUCGAUUGAACUAUAUUCAUCAGGUAUCGAACUUCAAGUUGAAUCAGUCUUUACAUUUGCAGACCAAGUAUUUUGUGGAGGGUUUGUUUGAGAUGAUUUCCGCCGCCUGGCUCACAAUGUUCGAUCCUAUAGAAUUACAAAUGUUAAUUUCUGGUGGAGAACAGGAUAUCAAUAUCGAUGAUUGGAAAGACAACGUUGAGUAUGGAGGAUAUUUUGAUGACGACUUGACAAUUGUGUAUUUCUGGGAGGUUGUUAAAGAGAUGUCCCCUCAAGAACGAUUCAAAUUGGUCAAAUUUGUCACAUCGGUAUCGAGAGCGCCGCUUUUAGGAUUCCAAUCUCUCACUCCAAAAUUUGGUAUUCGCAACUCUGGUCGCGAGAUUGAUCGUCUUCCAACAGCAUCUACAUGUGUCAAUCUUUUGAAAUUGCCAGACUACCAGGACAAAGAACUCAUACGUUCCAAAUUGCUAUAUGCAAUUAAUAUGGGAGCUGGUUUUGAUUUAUCGUAA